AUGAGUAAUCAUGGAUCUUUUAAAUAUCAUCAUCGGCAAUAUGAUGAUGAAGAAUCAGGACAAUACUAUCAAUCGAGUGUGGACGAUAUGGAAGACUCUAAUCAAAUACUAACAGAUGAAUAUGAUCAUCGAGCCACACGAUAUAAAAAACCCUUCUCAUCUCCAAACGAUCCAACGAUUCAUACAUCUAAUAUUCGUAUGAAUCAUGUAAAUAGUGAAACAGAUUUUUCCGAAGAUGAAAAUUCUCUGCGGCAUCAACAAAAAGAAGGCGCUCUCAAGUCUCCACUAUUAAAGGGACGAAAAUUUAAAACAUCACUUCCUUCAAAAAUCAAGUAUUUCAACAAGGGAUUUUUAAACGUUGUGAUAUUAGGAUUUUCCUUUUUGAUAUUAUUUUCAGCAUUUAAUAUUAUAUUAUUUUACUUUUCAGAAAUUAGAAAACGAAUUACAACUGCUUCAGUAGUGCUAUACGCGUCUCUGAGUGGCUCGUCACUAAUUACACCUAGUAUACUGAAAUUAAUUGGAUUGAGAUCUAGUAUUAUUGUUGGAGCUUUAUUAUAUUCAUUAUUUGUUCUUAGUUUGUGUUUUGAUUUGGCUCCCAUCACGUAUACGUGCUCAUGCAUUUCUGGUCUUGGUGCAAGCUUAUUAUGGAUCAGUCAUGGUGAAAUACUGACUCGAUCUGCAAAUUAUUACCAGAGAAUUGCCACGAAGGAACGAAACAAAAUGGAGAUUGAUUAUGUGAAUUCAAUAUAUAUGAGCACAGGAGCCAAGCCUGUGAGAUUUAGUUCACACCAUGCAGAUGGUGUGAUGGGACUUUUUAGUGGUGUAUUUUUUGGAGUUUAUGCUCUUAAUUCGGUAUUUGGAAAUUUGAUUUCGACCGCUCUUGUCAAUUCUGACCUCGAUCAUUUUUGGCUAUUUUUGAUACUAUUUAUUGUAUCGCUUGUGGGUUCUCUACUUUUACUACCUUUGAGAAAUAUUUCUGUUCAUGAAACGAUUAGUAAUGUUCAGUGGAAACAACAACCUAGAAAGGUCAAAAGCUCUAGCAAUUUACGAAAUAAUGACAGUUCAUUCAGAAAUCUAGAAACUGGAAGAACAAAUUAUCCCAAAAGCGUCGUCAUGAGAUCUAAUUCCUCUCAAAGUUUAACAAAUGACACUGUGACAGUCAAUAACGACACCGACGAUGAAGAUAGCUCCAAUCUACCGUCAAUGUACGACGAAAACGAAAGUGUGGCUACUAUUGAGUACGAACUUCCCAAACCUCCAUCCAGAAGAGACAAGGUCAUUUCCAUUAUUAGGGAAAUUUGCGAAAACAUCAAGAGCAGUUUUUUGGUAUUGUUUUCUGUGAAAAUUGUGAUGUUUGGCUUUAUAUUUUGCUACUCUGGAUAUUCAAUUGCCUUCUUUUAUAGGUCUCUCCCCAAAGUGAUGCAAAAACAUUCUCACACAUUUCUUGUACCUUGGGCAAUCGCUUGUUUCGGCAUUACAGAAAUGUCAGGAUCCUUAAUCUUUGGAAGAUUAUGCGACAAGAUUGGAAAACGACCAAUCAUGAUUUUGACAUUGUGUUUGCAUGUCCUUGCCAUUGCUUCUUCUUUUGCCACAGUAUAUUGGCCACCAAGUUAUUACAAUUAUUUUAUUCCAUUACUCGUGUGUGGGUGCGCUGAUUCUGGUCUCAAUACUGUGAUUUACAGUGUCAUUGGCGGCACUGCAACCUAUUUCAAACAUGAGAAAACUCUUGAGGCGUUUGCUUCCUUCCGUUUGAUACAAAGCAUGGCCAUUUGUGUUGGAAUUGUUUUUGGAGAACGAUUUUCAGUACAAACCGUUCAGCUCACUCUUUCAGGAUUAUUAUUCUUGUGCAUUAUAUUUUACAUAACUUUGGAUUUUUGUUUCUAUCCAUUUGAUUCUAAAAAAACCAAGUGUAAAAAGAAGGAACCUGCUUCGGGUCGAAUGAGAGAACAACCAUAUUUCUAA